CUUCCCGUCCUUAAAGUGGGUUGCCUUUUUGAAAGGGUGCUUGGGGGCGGGUUUUAUUGGUUUAGUCCUUAGGAAGCACCGAUGCAAGCGAGGGAGAAGUUUCUGGGCUGUCAGUAAUGAGGUGCGACAGCGUUAUCGCUUGGGGUUUCCAUGUGUUUGCCGAAGUUGAUCGUCUCGGAGAAACUGUGUUGUGUAUGGUACUGUAGCAUGAUGACGGCCACUGAUGGUUCUUUAUCCAUGCUGCCUUGCUUGGAUAAUGAAGAGAAAAGCAAUGAAGGGAAAACGGACACCAACGAGGAUUACAAACAGAAAGAAUCUACUGCAUUUCCUGGAGGAUGUGAAGUGAAAAGCAGAGCAGUGGUCAAGUAUUCAGCGGCACCUCCACCAGCAGCGUAUGCCAGACUUCAAGAGAAGACAGACUUGAAGCUUCCUCCUUCCAAUUGGCUUCGAGAAAGCACCCAGCUCGGCCCUGCAGGCAUUACUAUUCUUGGCUCCAGUGGUAAAAGUAAACCAUUUUCAAGCUUUGGAAUGGCAUAUGACUUUAUUGAUUCAGUUGGAAAUGAGGUGGAUGUUGUUUCUGAUUCAGAGAACAUUAAGAAACUUCUAAAGAUCCCUUACAGCAAAUCACAUGUAAGCAUGGCUGUUCAUCGUGUUGGGCGAACGCUGUUAUUGGAUGAGCUGGAUAUUCAGGAGCUUUUCAUGAGGUCUUCACAGACAGGUGACUGGAUAUGGUUAAAAGAAUUUUAUCAGCGACUGAUUGAUGAAAAAUGGCAAAGAAAAAAGAAAAGCAAGGAGCACUGGUACCAGAAGGCUAUCCUUUCAAAGUUUCUUUACUACAGUAUUAAUGGAGAUGGAAAUGCAGAACCAAUGUCUACCACCUCGGAUGAAUCUUCACAACCUGAUGAUGAGGACCCAGAAUGUGAUGAAAUUGGACCUUCAUGGCCUGCACCCUUUGGAAGUUCAGCACCCAUUUCUGAAGAUAACGAUUCCUUGAAACGAGAAAACCUACCCAAUAAGGGUAAAUUUGCACUUGGACCUCUUGCCUCAUCUCCCAAAGGACAAAAUCUUACUACCCUUUUCAACGAAGGUGAAAACAGUCAGGGUUUGAAAAAUGAUUUUGUUCGGAACAUUUUGUGGACAUUUGAGGACAUUCAUAUGUUAGUGGGAUCAAAUAUGCCAAUAUUUGGUGGAGGCAGGUAUCCUGCUGUAAGCUUGCGUCUCAGGGAUAGUAAUAAGCCAAUCAAUGUGUUAACAGGAAUAGAUUACUGGCUUGAUAAUCUGAUGUGCAAUGUUCCUGAGCUUGUUAUGUGUUUUCACGUCAAUGGAAUUGUUCAAAAAUAUGAAAUGAUAAAAACAGAAGACAUACCCAAUCUUGAAAACUCCACUUUUUCUACCAGAGUAGUCAAAGAUAUUGCUCAGAAUAUUUUGUCUUUUCUUAAAUCGAAUUGUACUAAAGAAGGACACACUUACUGGCUUUUUAAAGCCAGUGGGAGUGAUAUAGUAAAGUUAUAUGAUCUUACAACACUUUGUGAAGAGGCACCAGAGGAGAAAUACCAGAACCCCUUCACUAUGCCCGUUGCAGUCCUUCUGUACAAAGUUGCAAGCAAUAUGUUAAUGAAGAAAAAUCAAAACAGAAAGCACUAUGGCACUAUUAGGACACUGCUUCUGAACUGUAUUAAAUUAUUAAAUGAAGAUCGACACCCUCAGAUUAUUGCCUCUGCAAACUACAUGUUAUCUGAGCUCUUUGAGCUAAAUGAGCCACGCAGGGAUGAUGGCUCCCUACCAAAUGGUAAUUCUGAAGAUAGCUAUAGUGAAGAGGAGGAUGAUAUACCGGAGGAUAGUGAUGAAAAUGGUUCUUGCAGUACAGGAUCAGAUGCCCCAGAAGAUGGUACUGCAGUAGCUAUAAUUAAGUCAGUGCGGGAACUUUCCCUUCCUGAGAAAUACAAGUCCACACAUCAGAUAUGGCCAAGUUGUACAUUUCCAAUUUGCCAUGAUACUGAGGAAAGAUGCCGUCAUGUUUUAAGUUACGUCUUAAAGGGACUGAAAGCAGUUGACAGUAGUAUUGAAAAAGAAAGUGAGCUACCUGCUGCUGAUCCCAGCACUCCAAUUCCACUGAAGUAUGAAGGUCUGACACCCAUUGGAAGCAGCUGUGGCAUGAAAAAUGAAAUAGCCUUGUUUCUUGAUAAAGCAGGGCCUAGAGGAGGUGAUAUCAAGCAUACUCGAUCAGGGAUGAUUAAAGGUUCCUGGCAGCAUCGAAUGAAAUUGCAGCUUUUUUUAAAGGCAUCUAAAGCUUAUUAUGUAUUGGCAGAAUCAGCAACCAAUUUGUUGAAAUAUGGCAGAGCGCUGAGAUAUGUAAAGUUAGCUUUGCAGUGUCAUGAUUCCUAUUGUUCUAUAAGUAGCAACCUACAUACUGAAGUUCUUCUGUUUCAUAGUCAAUGUCUUUCUCUAUGUGGUGAUAUCCAAUUAAUGUUAGCACAGAAUGCAAACAACAGAGAAGUAUAUUUGGAGGAGUACAACUAUCAGACAAAAGAUGAUCAAGAAAUACUGCAUAGCCUUCACAGAGAAUCCAGCUGCCAAGCAUUUAAUUUAGCAACGGACAUGGCUACAGACCCAGAGUACCAGUUGACGGUUAGCUGUAAAUGCUACGAAGCAGUUUAUGAUCUUCUAGUGUCAUUGAAUCUGAAGGACCAACAUCCUGAUCAGCUUAACCAAGUGCUGAAAAGAUUAGGCAACAUUCGAAAUGAAAUUGGAGUCUUCUAUAUGAAUCAGGCUGCUGCUGUGCAGAGCGAAAGGGCAGCAAACAAAGCUGUUUUAGCAACAGAGCAGGAGUUAUGGAAGAAAAGUUUUUGCUGCUUUGAAAAGGGAAUGAAGGACUUUGACGCCAUUGAAGAUAAAACAAAUACUGCUUUGCUUCUGUGCAAUACGGGAAGGCUAAUGAGGAUCUGUGCACAAGCUCAUUGUCCACUGAGUACUGAUGAAAAACGUGGUGAAUUUUCCCCAGAAGAGGCUUUGUAUUAUAACAAGGCCAUUGAUUAUUAUUUAAAAGCAAUGAGGUCACUUGAAAAAAGAGAAACCCACCCAGCAGUGUGGGACUCUGUGAACUGGGAGCUGUCCACUACUUACUUUACUUUAGCCACUCUGCUGCAGGACUAUGCACCUCUGUCGAGAAAAGCACAAGAACAGAUUGAAAAAGAAGUGACCGAGGCAAUGAUGAAAUCUCUGAAGUACUGUGAUUUGCAGACUGUUUCUGCAAGACAGCCCCUCUACCAGUACCGGGCCGCUACUAUUCAUCAUAGACUUGCCUCCAUGUAUCAUAGUUGUUUUCGUAACCAAGUUGGGGACGAGCAUCUUAGGAAGCAACAUAAGAAUCUAGCAGAUCUUCAUUAUACUAAAGCUGUGAGACUUUUCCAAGUUCUUAAAGAUGCCCCUUGUGAACUGCUUAGAACACAGUUAGAACGAGUUGCAUUUGUUGAGUUUCAAAUGGCAGGCAUGAGUAGCAAUGCUGCAAAACUUAAAACCCUUACGGCCACACUGGACAUCAUAUCAGAUACAAGGCAGGCCUUUGAGAUGAUCCACAAAGAAAUGUUGGAGGAACAGAAACAGAAUCUUAAUGGUGCAGGAGAAUGUGACUCUAAUGGAGCCAAUACGAAUUCCUCGAAUGGUCUCAACACUGAAGAGGUUGAGAAGUUAAUCAAUAUUUUCGAGCCUAGUUUAUCGUUCUUGCUGUUGCAGCUGGUAAAGCUCAUGACCACCACCAAAAAGAAAUCAAGUGGGACGACUGAGGACGGAACAGUUAAGAAGUAUAAGCAGGUGUAUUCCAGCUUACUGCGGGCAGAAAAGACAGCACCUCUAAUCACAAGAGUGGAACUCAUCAUUGAUUUGCUAAUUCAGCUUUUCACCACAUGAUAUUCAGCAGAAAGAAGGAGGAAAAAGAUGAUCCCCAUUAUGCCUUACGACAUUCUACCAGCUUCAGUAAAUGUAAUAACCAGGAUCAGUGCCUUGCUUGUGGUUAAGCACAACAUGUGACCUGCGCCGUGCUGUUCGCGUCUCAUUUUAGAAGAGGAGCAGCACUGUGUCGCUUCAGGACAUGCAUUGUGGAUGCUAAUGUGCUUUAUUGUACAUAAACUUGCAAAAUGGACAAACUGGACAAUUCUCAGUGUUUUGGGCACCAUUCAGUUUUUU